AUGGCGAUGCAGGCACUCGCAGACGUCCUCGCAAACACAAACGCAAACGACACUGAAUCCAACGAAAACCCUCAGGAGCCCAUCAAUACCUCACACCCCAAUCAUCAACCAAUACCGAACCCCAGAGAAUGCUUUGUUGGCGAAAUCGUCAUGGUCGGGACCAGCAGCAUGUUCAACACCGAAGUGCUAGUGAAGGAUAAAGAGGACACCGAACUGCGAGUCGGCUUCGCAUUCCCCCCAGAUGGAUAUGGCUACGAAGGGGUGCCUACAGAAUUCCUGAAAAGGGGACUAACGAUGCUCAUUCUGCAUCCAUCUCGCAUUGCAAUGAAUGGAGGGGGGGAGUUGAUUGUCGUUCAUAAUCCGAAACAUAUCAAGAUCCUGCCAUUUAGAAUGUCCUUCUACCUACGGCUCUGCGAGAGAGUCACCGAGUUUAGAUCUGUCGUCGGCAGACAGCGGAUCUGUUUUGGAUGCGAGACCAGGAAGUACGGGCUGGAGCGGUGUCCUCGCUGUAAAAUGUCCUAUUUCUGCAGCCGUGCAUGCCAGGCCGAGUCCCUCUCCCGAAAAGGACACAGGAGGGACUGCGGUAUCAUCCGAGACCCGGACAUUACAGCUUUAUUACUUGGCAAAUGGGAGCAGUUGGGAGAAUUCCGCUCUGUCUCUUUGCAGGCGCAUCUCCAGCAGGUUCCGGAUAUCUUAUGA